CAAGCGUCUAGCUUCAUAAACGAGGGCCGUGGGUGUGCUGGUCGAACGCUGAUAUAUCCGUCCACUGAUUGACCGCCGAUCAUGUAAUCAUGUUUCAUGCUUCUUCCUGAAUCCAAAAACCUCGGCCACCUCAAGCAAGCCCACGCCCACAUCCUCAAACACUUCCCCUCUUUCCAAUGCUCAUCGUUUCAUCUCCUCCAUCCCCUCCUCUCCUCCUACGCCUGCGCUCAUCUCCGCUCCGCCCUGAACCUCCUGGCUCUCCUCCCCCACCCCACGCCCUUCCUCUUCAACUCUCUCAUCCGUUCUCUCUCCGUCUCCAACCACCCUCACCACUCGGUCGUGCUUUUCCGCCAAAUGCUCCACCUAGGGCCCCGCCCGAACAACUUCACCUAUCCCUUUCUCGUCAAGUCCUGCACCGCGGCCUUGAGCUUCCGGUGUGGAGUAAUGGUGCAUACUCAUGUUGUUAGAUCUGGGCUUGAGAUUGAUCCGUAUAUCCAGAGUGCGUUGAUUUGUAUGUAUGCAGGUUGUAAGGAUGUUGAUUCCGCACGGAAGGUGUUCGAUGGAUGCUCUGAUUGGCAGACUGUUUGUUGGAACUCGAUGCUUGAUGGGUAUGUGAAAUUAGGAGAAAUAGGUCAGGCGAGAGUGUUGUUUGACAGGAUGGGAUGCAAAGAUGUUAUUUCUUGGAAUACUAUGAUAAAUGGAUUGGCGAUUCUUGGUGAGUUAGAUGAUGCGCAAGAGUUGUUUUCUCAAAUGCCUGACAGAAAUGUGGUGUCUUGGAAUUCUAUGCUUGCUGGCCAUGUCAAGUGUGGGGAUGUUCAGGGUGCGUGUAAAGUUUUUAAGGAAAUGCCUCAACGAGAUAUUGUGUCAUGGAACACAAUGUUGGCGUGUUAUGCGCAAAGUGGUCAUUCUAGUCAAGCACUUAAGCUUUUUGAUAGGAUGAAAAGUGUGGGCAUGAAGCCAACUGAUGCGACCAUUGUGAGCUUAUUGUCGGCUUGUGCUCAUUUAGGAGCAUUGGAUCAAGGGAGGCGGCUCCAUGACUACAUUGAUGGGAAUAAUAUUGAGCUCAGUACUAUUCUUGCUACUGCACUUGUCGACAUGUAUGCGAAAUGUGGGAGCUUUGCUCAGGCUUGGCAAAUCUUUCAUGGCAUUGAGCAAAAGGAUUUACUAGCAUGGAAUACUAUGAUGGCGGGUAUGGCCAUGCAUGGGUAUGCUGAAGAUGCACUUCGGCUUUUUUGUGAGAUGACUGAGAAUGGUACCAUGCCAGAUGAUAUAACGUUUGUUGUCAUACUUAGUGCUUGUAGUCAUGCUGGUAUGGUCAAAGAGGGCCGCUGCCUUCUUAAUUCCAUGAAGGAAAAAUAUGGAAUUGACCCAAAGCUUGAGCAUUAUGGAUGUGUCAUUGAUCUUCUAGCCCGCUCAGGAUUGUUGGAGGAGGCUAUGGAGCUCACCAGGGCAAUGCCCAUGGAACCCAAUGCCCCUGCAUGGGGUGCAUUGCUUGGUGGAUGCAGGAUCCAUGAGAACAUCAAGAUAGCUGAAGAUGUUGGAAAACGCCUUCUGAACAUUCAGCCAAGUCACAGUGGUCGAUAUGUUCUGCUUUCCAACAUUUAUGCUACUGUUAAUAGAUGGGAAGAUGCUAGAAAUGUCAGAAGCAUGAUGAUUGCUAAUGGAGUCGCUAAAAUACCAGGCUUGAGCAUGAUAGAAUUGAAGGGAGCCGUGCACCAAUUUGUUGCUGGUGACCAGUCUCAUCCUGAGACACAGAAAAUCUACUCGAAGCUUGCUGAAAUAUUUGACAGAUUGAAGGUUGAAGCUGGGUAUUUACCAGACACAAAGCAGGUCCUACUUGAUAUCGAGGAAGAGGAGAAGGAAAAUGCUCUGUUCUUCCAUAGUGAGAAAUUAGCAAUUGCUAUUGGUCUCUUGUACACUAGUCCAGAUGAGACCAUUAGAGUGGUGAAGAACCUUCGGGUGUGCAGAGACUGCCACCAUGUAAUGAAGAUUAUAUCUAAGGUGUAUUGUAGAGAAAUUAUAAUGAGGGAUAGGAACCGUUUCCACCAUUUUAUCCGUGGUGCUUGCUCUUGUAAGGGCUAUUGGUAGUUUGAUAUGGCAGAUGACUAAACUGGGAAUAGAAUCAAGUAAUAUGCUUGAAGUAUUGCAAGGCCUCAUGUUUAGGAAUUCUUUAGAGUCGGUCCUUGGAAAAAUCUAUCCUGAAAAACAUAUGGGGAAGUCUACGAUUCACAAACUUGGUGGCUUACCUUUUGGUUAUUGGUUCUGUUGUCCUUUGUGAGGCUAUUAUUUAGCAUCAACCAGCAUCUUGGCUUGCUGAUUUUUGCAAUAUCAGUCUUCGGAACAUUGAGCAUCAUUAUUGCACUGCUUACGGAAAGAUUAGUUGUUAUUGCAAGUUUCAAGCAUCUGUUUCAGAGUCGUGUGUGCCAAUUCAUGUCACGACAAGUCAACCCCAAAGACAAUGUGAAAAUAGCCACCCUUUAACAGCCACACCGCUGUUGGUUUUUAGGAAAGAUCAAUUUUAAUUCAUUUUGUGAACACAAGCUCUAUAUGCCCAUUAUGAUAUUGAAUAUUUGGCAAUUCAAAUAUAUUAUUCAC